AUGGGGUCUAUCUCGUCUCAUGACUGGCUUCGCUGGGCACCUGGCACACUUGAUCUCGACUUUCUUAUCGACUCCGAGCGUCACAUUUACCUACACAAUGUUCGGCCUAAGGGAACGCAGGUGACCAACUACGAAAUCGAGAAAGAAGUCGAGCACGCUCUACCACUGACCCAGAUCAGACUGCUUGGAGAAGGAUCGACUUUUGGUACCUCCGAACGUCAAGUGUACAGCGCAACAUCGAGCCGUCUCGUCUACCUCAGCCACAAGGAAUCCAUAGAGGGCGAGGACACCCACAUCCUCGAGAUCGUGACACAGGACCCCUUGACCAAAAUCGAGGUCCUCAACAGAUACACUGUCUUUGGGGCUGUUCCCGUUGUCCGCUCUACCGCCAUAGUAAGCAACCCAGGCUCGCAAGAGGUCUAUUUGGAGACCUUCGCUUCUCUUUCUCUUGGGUUCCUCAACCGUGGUGCGGAGGAGUGGUACAACGACUACCAGAUCGUCAUUGCGAACAGCACCAACUUCCGCGAGGCGCAAUGGAAGGCAUUCGACUUUCCCGAUGUCGGGAUGGACUGGGUCGGGGACAGUGACUUUGACAAGCCAGGGACGCGAGCUUCUAUCUCAAGAUCAAACAUUGGCACAUUCUCCACCUCGGGUUCACUCGCCAUGGGCGUGCUUGCGAAAAGAGACGGCAAGCACUCCGUCGCAUGGCAAAUUGAGUCCAGUGGAGCAUGGAAGUGGGAGCUUGGUAACAUCGUUUCCGGGCUGUAUCUGGUCGCUGGAGGGCCCAAUGAUCAGAACCACCAGUGGACAAAGAAGCUCAGCCCCGGAGAGACCUUUACCAGUGUUACAACCGCCUUGGCCGUCAUAAAUGGUCCGUUUCAGUCGGUCUUCGGGCCACUCACGCAAUACCGCAGGCGCAUACGCCGCAAGCAUACCGACAAUGAAAAAUUGCCUCUCAUCUUCAACGACUACAUGAACUGCCUAAAGGGAGACCCCACUACCGAAAAGGUUACAGCGCUCAUCGAGCCUGCCCUACGCUGUGGAUCAGAGUACUUCGUCAUUGAUGCCGGCUGGUACGCCGACGAACCCAGCUGGUGGGACUCGGUGGGUGCUUGGAAGCCCUCGACCACACGUUUUCCCGGCGGACUCAAGAAGUUGCUCAACAACAUCCGUGCCAAGGGGAUGACUCCCGGUCUGUGGAUGGAGCCGGAAGUCGUGGGGGUAAACAGCCCUAUUCUGGGUGAGCUACCACCGGAAGCAUUCUUCCAGCGUCGGGGUGUCCGCGUUAUUGAGCAAAGCCGUUACCAACUGGACUUCCGUCACGAGGCUGUCAUCUCACGCCUGAACACCAUUGUCGACGAUCUCAUCAUCAACUAUGGUGUGGGCUAUUUCAAGCUGGAUUACAAUAUCGACGUCACUCAUGGCACCGAUGUUAACGCAGCCAGUCCAGGCGACGGCAUGUUGGGGCAUCGUCGUGCGUAUAUGGCCUGGAUCAAUUCCAUCUACGACCGUCAUCCGGAUGUCGUUUUGGAGACUUGCUCCAGUGGCGGUUGCAGACUCGACUACGAGAUGCUCGCGACGCAUUCUAUUCAAUCGACCAGCGACCUGCAGGAUCCUGUCCUGAACGCCGCCCUCGCUGCAGCGGUCCCCACAGCCGUGACUCCAGAGCAGAGUGCUACCUGGGCUUAUCCUCAACCAGAAUACACCGAUGACCUAAACGCCUACUGCGUGGUCAACAGCAUCCUGGGACGAGUCCACCUGAGCGGGCGGAUCGACCUCCUGAAUGAUCAACAGCUCCAGGUUGUCAUCGAGGGCUGUAAGGUGUACAAGAAGAUCAGGCAUCACAUUAAGGAGUCAGUACCUUUCUGGCCACUUGGCCUCGGCCAGUGGAACGAGCAUUGGGUUGUCUUGGGCUUGCAGGCUGGCAAGCACAUUUACCUCGGCGUGUGGCGACGAGGAGGGGAGACGAAGUGCAACAUCCCUCUUCCACAGGUCAGCAGUGCGAAGGCGUCAGUAGAAACGCUGUACCCAAGGGAAUGGAAGACUGGACUGUACUUGUCGCCGAUGGAGUUGGAGGUUGAGAUACCAGUUACGCCUUCGGCACGCUUGAUCCAUAUAGAACUCCCCUGA